AUCUGAGUAUUUACGGUAGCGGAUCAUGGCGGACAUGGACGAGCUGUUCGGUAGUGAUGGAGACAGCGACAACGAGCAGCGCGACUCCAGUUCCGGCUCUGGUUCCGGUUCCGACUCGGAGCCGGAGCGUCCGCGCUCGGUCAGUAACGCCUCCGGCAGCGGGAGCGACAGGGAUCACGACGAUGACGAUGACGGACACGACGGCGGAAAGCCGAGCAACAAAGAGCUGUUCGGAGACGACAGCGAGGACGAGCGCGGCAGCGACAACCAAUCAGAACACUCUGGAAACGACAACCAAUCAGACGGCAGCGAGCACUCGGACGCGGAGCAGCACAGCGGUUCAGAGGGACAUCACGAGGAGGAAGACGACGAUGACGCUCACAGUCACAGGUCAGAUGCAGGGAGCCCCGCCUCUGGAGCGGGUAGUCCCGCCUCGGGAGCAGGAAGCCCCGCUUCCGGUGCGGGUAGCCCCGCCUCUGGAGGAGGAAGCCCUGUCUCCGGGGCCGGAAGUCCCGCCUCCGGGGCAGGAAGUCCUGUUUCUGGAGCAGGAAGCCACCGUUCCGGGAGAGGGAGCGUCACGCCGAUGUCGGAUCACUCGGACGGCGAGGGCUCGGUGAGAGACGGGCAGUCGGGGGACGAGAAGUGGGGGGGCGAGCGGAAGAGCGGCAGCCCGCGCUCCGACCAAUCAGAGGACGAGGAGAAGCAGCACCACUCAGACGAAGAGCGAGAUCAUUCAGACGACGAAAUGAGGGAGCACAAGUCUGGUUCGGCUAAAGGCAGCGACAGCGAGGACGACUUUAUAGGAAGGAAGAAGAAGAAAGUGGCGUCUGAUUCCGACUCGGACAGUGAAGGAGGACAGAGGGGUAAGAAGAGUGCGGCGGACGAUCUGUUUGGAGAAGCAGACGACAUCUCGUCAGACAGCGAUAAUGAGAAACCACCCACACCUGGACAACCACUGGAUAAUGAGGAGGGGAUGGAGGGCGAGCAGCAGGAGGAGGAGCCGCUGCCUGAGACACGCAUCGAGGUGGAGAUCCCCAAAGUCAGCACUGAUCUAGGAAGUGACCUUUACUUCGUCAAACUGCCCAACUUCCUCAGUGUGGAGCCCAGACCGUUUGACCCCCAGUACUAUGAGGACGAGUUUGAGGAUGAGGAGAUGUUGGAUGAAGAAGGCCGGACCAGGCUGAAGCUGAAGGUAGAAAACACUAUAAGGUGGCGCAGUCGCCGUGAUGACGAGGGGAACGACAUCCGCGAGAGCAACGCGCGCAUCGUGAAGUGGUCCGACGGCAGCAUGUCCCUGCACCUGGGUAACGAGGUGUUUGACGUGUAUAAAGCUCCUCUACAGGGAGACCACAACCACCUGUUCAUCAGACAGGGAACAGGACUGCAGGGCCAGGCGGUGUUCAAAACCAAGCUCACCUUCAGACCCCACUCGACAGACAGCGCCACCCACAGGAAGAUGACUCUCUCUCUGGCCGAUCGAUGCUCCAAGACACAGAAGAUCAGGAUUUUGCCGAUGGCUGGACGAGACCCCGAGUCCCAGAGGAACGAGAUGAUAAAGAAAGAGGAGGAGCGUCUGCGUGCGUCUAUCCGGCGCGAGUCUCAGCAGAGGAGGAUGAGGGAGAAGCAGCACCAGCGCGGCCUGAGCGCCGGAUACCUGGAGCCUGAUCGCUAUGACGACGAGGAAGAGGGAGAGGAAGCCAUCAGUCUCGCCGCCAUCAAGAGCAAAUACAAAGGAGGAGGACUGAGAGAGGAGAGAGCGAGGAUCUACUCGUCUGACAGUGACGAGGGCUCUGAUGAGGAUAAAGCACAACGACUCAUGAAGGCCAAGAAACUCGACAGUGAGGAGGAGGGAGAGAACUCGGGCAAGAGGAAGGCUGAAGACGAGGACGAUGCGUCCACCAAGAAAGCCAAGAAAUACGUCAUCAGUGAUGAAGAGGAGGAAGACUAGCGCAGUGUUAACUCUCUGUUUAUCUCUUCACUUCUUUUCUAAUGUGUGUGUGUGUGUGUGUGUGUGUGUGUGUGUGUGUGUUGGGGGCCGGUGUGUUUUAUAAAGCUGCUUCAGUGGAAAAUAAAGAAACUGUUGACCCUGUGA